AUGUAUGAUACGUCUAUUCCCCCAGAAACGCAACAGCUGUUAGAAAAUUUCAAUCUGCCCCCGGACUUCUUGUCAUCAGAUUCGUCCUUGAGUGAUGCGCCCAGUCAAUUCGAUUCUGAUUGGGAUGAUUUGUUUGAUUCUCCGUCGCAUCUUGCCAUCAUUCCAUCGCCUCCUAAAGACAGCUACCAUGUACCCCAAUCUGAAAACUCUGUCCCCACAACACCUGUCAAACGCACCAAUUUCCUUCAUCCAGAACUGAUUAAAGCCAAAGCCCCGAAACAUUCUCCAUAUUUCCCACGUGUGCAUGUUGGUCCUGAAUCCUGCCUCCCAUUUCCCCCAAUCGAUGCAGCCGGUUUUGGACUCAUUCAAGAACAGCUUGCGCAUGAUCCUUUUCGUUUGCUCAUCGCAACCAUCUUUCUCAAUCGUACCCGAGGUGGCGUUGCACUGCCUGUAUUGUUCAAAGUCUUCGAACGAUAUCCGACAAUCGAGGCGAUGGCGGAGGCAGACCAACCAGAGCUCGUGUCGAUGAUCAAUUGCCUGGGAUUCCAAAAUCAACGCGCGAGGAAAUGCAUUACACUCGCUCAAACAUGGCUCUCAGAGCCCCCGAACAAAAGCAAAAGAUAUCGCAAACUUCACUACCCGCGCAAACUAGACGGUCGAAAUGUUGGUUGUGAAGAAUGCAUUGAUGAGGAAGACAUGCGCGUAGCAUGGGAGGUUGCACAUUUACCCGGAGUUGGAGCUUAUUCCCUUGAUAGUUGGCGGAUCUUCUGUCGCGAUGAGCUGCGUGGAAAGGCGUCCGACUGGAAAGGCACAGAUGCUACUGAAGCGGGGUUCGUGCCUGAAUGGAAGUGUGUGUUGCCCUACGACAAGGAACUACGUGCCUAUCUUACUUGGAUGUGGCUGAAAGAAGGAUGGGUUUGGGAUUACAACACCGGCGAUUUGACGGCUGCGAGCGAGAAGAUGAUGAGAGCUGCGCAAAGUGGCGGAGUCGCUCGUGAGGAAGAAGGAACCUGGGUGCUGGAGACGUCCCCCGUCAAGGCUGUGAAUGGAUUGCAUGCACCAGAUUGA